UCGAUAUUUAUUGGACUUUUUUGUGAUCAAGAAUUUUUGAGGUUGGGGUUGUAAAUAUUUUGAAUUAUAACUUUAUAUUAAUAAAUGUUAUAGAUCAGUUCCAACUCCAAUACAUUGUAACAAUUACAAUAUUAAUGUAAGCUAUUCAUUUUUAAAUAGAAUUCAGUCUUGAAAGAUCAAUUUUAAUCUAUAACUAUAACGUAUACUCAGUAUUUUAGGUUAUAAUCACAUUAUGCUGUUUGUAUUUUGAUUGAAUUAUUGUUUAUUAAAUAUUUGAUUAGAUGGCUCAUCAAAGAAAUUUUCCACAAUCCAAGGAAGCACUGUUGAAAUCAUACACUACUAGACUGAAGGAUGAUGUGAGGUCUAUGCUUGAAAAUUUUGAAGAAAUCGUGAAACUAGCGCGCGGUGACGCGGACACACAGCUGUCCAGGCUGGCGCAGAGCGAACAGGACACGUACGAGAUGCAUGUGCGCGCGGCCAACAUUGUGCGUGCGGGCGAGUCACUCAUGAAGCUAGUGUCCGACAUCAAACAGUACCUGAUCCUCAACGACUUUCCAUCGGUCAACGAGACAAUCGCGCAGAACUCGAAGCUGUUCCGGCAAAAGCAGACCGAAUGCGACCAGAAACUGAUGAGUUUGCGGGAUGACAUGGCUGCCGACCUCUAUGAUCUCGAGGAGGAGUAUUAUACCUCCAUUUAUAAGUAGACUUUCAGAAAUCAUUUCAGUGAGACUACAGUAACUCCAUGUAUAAGUAGUAGACGUUCAUGAAUAUUCAGAAGUGAUUUCAGUGAGACUAUAAUAUUAUACCUCUAUCUAUAAGUAGACUUU